AUGGCUCUAAAGAAGGGAGCAAAAUUGCCGACAGGAAUGGCUAAAAGGAAAGCGAAAAAUCGUGAGGAUUCAGCACAAAAAGAUGAUUUUGAAGCAAGCCUUAAGGUCUCGCCGCCAAUUCAUCAGUUCUCAAAAACCCUUGACAAGAACUUGGCAACGAGCUUGUUCAAGAUGCUCCUCAAAUACAGGCCAGAGGAUAGAGCUCAAAAGAAAGAGAGGCUUCUUAAAAGAGCUGAGGCUGAAGGAAAAACACAUGAGGUUAAGAAGCCGAUCAUUGUGAAAUAUGGUCUUAACCAUGUAACAUAUCUAAUUGAGCAGAACAAAGCUCAACUUCUUGUCAUUACCCAUGAUGUUGACCCCAUUGAGUUUGUCGUAUGGCUUCCUGUAUUAUGCAAAAAAAUGGAAAUCAUUUACUACAUCAUGAAAGGAGAGGCACAGUUGGGAACUAUAGUCCAUAAGAAGAUGACAUCUGCACUGUGCUUAACCUCAGUUAAGAAUGAAGACAAGAUAGACUUCAGUAGGAUCUUGGAAGCUAUUAAGGCCAACUUCAACGACAAAUACGAUGAGACCAGAAAGAAGUGGGAUGGUGGAGUUAUGGGCUCAAAAUCCCAGGCCAAGACAAAGGCCAAAGGGAGACUCACGGCCAAGGAGGCUGCACAAAGGAUGACUUAG